UUCCCGGAAACAGGAAACUAGCAGCAACAGCCGUUUAAAAACAGAGAGGCUACAUUUAAAGAGCUAUAUUCUUCGCCUUUAUAUGUAUAACUUAUUACACUGUGCUGUCCUAAGAAGUCCAGCUUGAUUUAACAUUCAAAGGAUAAUGGCCUCUGACUGGUUAGGUAGUUUGGUGUCUCUUAACUGUGGACCAACGUUGGGAGUUUAUCAAGGAGAGGUGUCAUCUGUGGAUCAGUCCAGCCAGACCAUUUCUUUAAGGCAACCUUUUCACAACGGAGUGAAGUGUCCCGUUCCUGAGGUCACAUUCAGUGCCAUUGAUAUAAAGGAGCUAAAGAUUCUGGACAUCAGAAAUGGGAAUACCAGGACCACCUCCAGUACAGUUGCAAAGGGAAGCACUGUACCAGUUGCAGUCCCAAAAGGGGAUCCCAGAUCUGUGGAGAUGAACUCUCCCCAGCAGUGCUCUAAAAGUUAUGGAGAACGUCAUCUGGAUGCACUAGGUCAACCCAAAGGCUUUCGGCGAAGACACAACUCUUGGUCAUCUACCAGUCGAGGGCCAAACCAAGCAACGCCAAAAAAGAAUGGGGUAAAGAACGGGCAGAUGAAAAAUAGGGACGACGAGUGCUUUGGCGACGGCAUGGAUGAUGGGCUUGAUACAGACUUUGACUUUGAAGGAAACCUGGCAUUGUUUGACAAAGCUGCAGUUUUCUCAGAGAUUGACACGACCGAGCGACGUAACGGUGCAAGGUCACGUGGCACGCCUCAGGAUCAGACGCCCACGCGGUACCGCCAUGAUGAAAAUAUCCUGGAGGGCAAACCUAUUGUUUACAGACAGAUUGUGGUGCCACAGCCUGGACCCAAAGAAUACUGCACUGACUCUGGACUUGUUGUUCCGAGUAUUUCCUAUGAGCUUCACAAGCGUCUUUUGUCUGCUGCUGAGCGCUACGGUCUGACGUUGGAGCGGAGACUUGAGAUGACUGGAGUGUGUGCUAGCCAGAUGACGCUUACGUUGUUAGGAGGACCCAACAGAUUUACACCCAAAAAUUUACAUCAGCGCCCUACCGUGGCGCUGCUGUGUGGACCCCAUGUUCAGGGCGCACAGGGCAUCAGCUGCGGACGUCACCUGGCCAACCACGAAGUGGAGGUCAUCCUCUUUCUGCCGAACUUUGUCAAGAUGCUCGAUUCUGUGACGAGCGAGUUGACGCUCUUCAACAAGACUAGUGGCAAACAGGUGUCCAGCAUCAAAGAUCUUCCCGACACCCCGGUUGAUCUCAUCAUAAACUGCCUGGACUGCCAUGAGAACCCGUUUCUGAUGGAUCAGCCGUGGUACCGGGCGGCUGCAGACUGGGCCAAUCAGAACAGAGCCCCGGUGCUUAGCUUGGAUCCUCCUGUGAGCGGGCAGGGUCACGCGGUCGAAGCCAAGUGGUCUCUGUCGCUUUGCCUCCCGCUUCCGUUGGCUGAAGGAGCCGGCAGAGUUUACCUGUGCGACAUAGGCGUCCCUCUGCAGGUGUUCCAGGAAGUGGGAAUCAAGUACCGUUCUCCCUUUGGUUGCAAAUUUGUCAUCCCCUUGCACUCCGCUUAACGGGACUGAUAAAACCUUUCACCUACCUUGACCUUUUGGGUUUUGGCGCCUUAUAUUCCACGAGUCUCAGCUGUUUCUUCCAGGUCACCCAAGCAGGCUCUGAUUCAUCCUGGUUCGUCAUACGGAACGACAACUGUUCUUCAGUCAUACAGAUGCUAAAGCAUGCAGAUACAGGAGAGAUAAGCUUUCAAGUCUUUGCUCUUCGUAUUCAAAAGAUUGAAUCGCACUGUUG